AUGCCCAACGACUCAAUAGUGGGGGAAUUCCUCCUGCUGGUAUUCUCAGAGAUCCGGGAACUGCAGCUGGUCCACUCUGUGCUGUUCCUCGCGGUCUACCUGGCGGCCCUGACGGGGAAUCUCCUUAUCGUCGCCGUCACCACCCUCGACCGGCGCCUCCACACUCCCAUGUACUUCUUCCUCAGGCACCUGUCUGUCCUCGACCUCUGUCUCAUCUCUGUCACCCUCCCCAAGUCUGUCGAUAUUUCCCUGACCGAUCAUAGAUCCAUCUCUCUUCUGGGCUGUGUCGUCCAGGUCUUCCUCGUGAUCGUUUUGGCCACUUCAGAGCUGGUUGUCCUCACGGCGAUGUCCUAUGACCGCUAUGCCGCCAUCUGCCGCCCCCUGCGCUAUGAGCUCAUCAUGACCAACACAGCAUGUAGAAAGAUGGCAGCCACCUCCUGGCUUAGCGGAGUGCUGUUUGGGAUCUUUUAUACAGCUUCGACUUUCUCCCUGAGCUUCUGCGGGUCCACCAUAGUCCAACAGUUCUUCUGUGACGUCCCCUCCCUGCUGAAGAUCUCCUGCUCAGAGGACCACGUUGCCAUCAAUGUGAGCGUCACCGGUGGGGUAGCUUUAGGUGUUGUCUGCUUCGUCUCAAUCGUCGUCUCCUACGUGCGCAUCUUCCAGGUCGUGCUGCGGAUGCCGACUACCGAGAGCCGGGCCAAAGCCUUCUCAACCUGUCUGCCCCACCUCGCCGUCUUCACCGUCUUCCUCUUUACGGCUGUCAUCUCCUACCUCAAGCCCGUUUCAGACUCCCCCUCGACCUUGGACCUGCUGGUGUCUGUAUUCUACACCGUGGUUCCCCCCACACUGAACCCUCUCAUCUACAGCCUGAGGAACCGGGAUCUGAAGGCCGCCCUUGGCAGAGUCCUAAAGGGGAGAUUCCUCAUCCCUCGUCUAAGGGACAAAAUUUCUGUUUCCUUUUUCUGA